AUGAAAGUGAAAGUGUCGCACACUCCAGCUUCACCCAAUUACUCUCCAGCUUCACCCAAUUACGUUCCAGCUUCGCCUAAUUACGUUCCAGAUUCACCUAAUUACGUUCCAGAUUCACCCAAUUACUCUCCAGAUUCACCUAAUUAUCCUCCAGCUUCACCUAAUUAUCCUCCAGCUUCACCUAAUUACACUCCUGAUUCACCUAAUUACUCUCCAGCUUCACCUG